CAACAAGACAGGACCAGCAGAUCACACCUUGGAGCUCACCGGGAUAAGACUUGAAUUAUUCUCCUGGCAUCCUGAAACUAGACUGUCUGAGGAUGGAAUAUAAAUUGUACUGGAAAUAUUCAUUAUUGCCCAUUAUUUGUGCGGUCCUAAUGCAAGGUGAGGAAUUAUUUAUUUUCACAGCCUGUUAUAUAAAUUAUUAUUUUCUAUUUUCAAGGUUUUUAAUUCACUAGACAACAAGUAUCUGCAACAAAACAAACUUUGCAUAACCGGAGGGGAGUAGGGUCAUGUUUAAAUGAAAAGCAGUGAAUUGGAAACUACUUUGCAAAAAUAAAAUUGCCACGCUGUGACUCGAUUUACAAUUGGAGAAAAUGUCCAUAAUCAGCUAUUUAAGUUGGUUUUCAAUUCACAAAAAUGUAGUGUUUAGUAAAACCCACAGUCGAAAAGAACAUAGUGGCGCAGUUUGCCUAGAGAACUAUUUAAUCCAAAAUCAAGAAUCAUUAACGCCAAGAAGGCUACUGAGACGUGUAUACUGUGAAUUGCGAUGAACUGACAAGGGAAUUUUUUUUUAAAUAGUUGCCUUGGACCAAUUCUACAACUCCACUAUCUUACCAUCUCAGUUAUCUGGUGUACAUUUUACAAAUACAUUUGCGGAAAUUCUCUUUUACCAGUACGUAAACCCUAUGCACGUGUUUUUUUCAGGGUCAUUUAAGAAAUAUUGAGUCGUAGUUACCUAACAAUACGCUUGCUUAAAAAACUAACCCAAAAGAGUCACAACAGAAUGUUCUCCAGAUCAGGCUAUGUGUUUUCUCCAAACUGACUGUUUUAUUUGUUACAACCCACCACAACGCACUAUUUAGUGGGUGGGGAUUUAAUUUGCGUAUAAUAUGUAAAUAAUUGUAUAAGUAUGCAUUAGAGUGAUAAAAUAAGACACGGUACAUGCAGCAAUUUAUGUAGUAUUACUUUAUUUAUUUUUUUAGAAUGAAGGUAGUCUUUGAUACGACGUGCAUCUUAUUAUAUUUCACGUCCAACAAAAUAUGUGGCUAAGUGUGGUUUUAGUUAAUUUUUGCUUUAAAAAUAGGGCCGUCGGAUAACACUUGGCUUCAAGAUGGCGACUUUUACUACUAUGUCUUCCAAAGAGCUGGAAUUUUAAAGUUUUGACCCGGGGCAGUGAUGACUAAUAAUGCGUCAGAAAGGUGGCUGUGCAUUAUGGGAAAAGUAGUUUGCAAUCAUCAGCAGAACCAAUGCUGCUGCUAUCUGCCAAUACCGUAAUGUAUUCACAUUCAGUAUUCAGAGUUACUCCGUGACAUCAUUAGCCACUAAAGCAGCAAAAUAUAAGAAUAUAAAAUAUUCCUAAAGAGCUGCUAGACAAUGUUUAUGUUUUUGGGUGAUUCACAGAGUUAAUCACUCAAUUCCAAAUCUCCCCGUACCAAACUGAGCUGUACGGUGCCAUUCGGCAUACUGAAUCCAGACAUUGUUCAUACUAUUUAACAAGGUUGAGCUUUUGCAGACAAGGCUCCGAAUGAGCCUGAAUUUGACCUGGACUUUGGCCGGACCAAAGGCUGCUGAACAGCUGAAAUUGGCAACUGGAUUUUUAAAAUCUGGGCCCGGAUGCACCAAAUCCAGCCUCGGCUUUUAAACAUCCAAACUAUUUGCAGGCAUAACCCAUUAUAGCAUUAUGAUGUCAUAUUGAUGCAAACCGAGGGUUUAAUUCACUAAACAACUAAUUGUAGUUGCAACAUUGGCAAAAUCAGCAUGUUUGCCUAAAUGAGCAAUUUUGUCAAUUAAAUACAAUUUGGUAUUUGGUAAAUAAACCCCUGAGACUUAAAGGAUUUAGUUGUCUGCAAGGAAACAACAUUUUUCUUUUAAAGCAGAUAGAUUUCAUAGACUGCCUUGGAUUCCAUAAAAUGAGGAACUCUUCUUUCACAGAACUCUCAUUCAGAGAACCACGUUCGUUCGUGAUACGGUUUAUAGGACGGAUCACAAAAUCGUAGACUGUUCCUUUCACAUUCUUUACACAAUUUAACCCAUUGGGAACUGCAGAAAAACAGGUCACAUUAUGCAAAGAGUGUUAAGAGUACUAUAUUUUUCUGAUACUUUACUUCCUAGAGUCCAGUAUCAAAUUCAGUAUCAAAACUAAAUCUCCCAACUGUCUGGGUUUUGGCAAGAUAGUAACCACAUAAAAUGUUGUACAUCCACCUCUGUACGUUCCCAGAAACCCUUGCUCCAUACAAAUCUACAAGAUGGUUAAUUUCUCGUGGAAGUCUAAGGACAAUGCUGAACAAUAAACCUUUGGGAACUCUCCAUUAAUUUGAAAUAAGAAAUAAACCAACACUUGCCUAUGGGAAUAUAAGAUACCAUCAGCUCCAUUUUGACACAGCCCUGUGCUUUUCUGAUUACCGGACUUUAAAGAUCCUGUAUCAAAUAGGAUUGUCCCAUAUAUAUAUAACAAUGAACGGAGGACCAUGUAGAGUAAGUAUUUCAAACUCAAAGGCUAGCACGGGCCAAAUAAACAAGGUUUACGUUAAUGUGGGCCGAAAAAAAAUGAAAUUUUCAUAGAAAUGUAAAUUUAUUUUUUUGAAAAGUAAAGAACAAAAAUAAAAAAAACAGCAUCCCCUUCUACUAAACCCUAGCACCCUCCUCUACUAAACCCAGCCCCCCUCUACUUAACCCUAGCAUCCCCUUCUACUAAACCCUAGCACCCUCCUCUACUAAACCGCAGCCCCCCUCUACUUAGCCUAGUACCCUCUUCUACUAAACACCAGCCCCCCUCUACUAAACCCCAGCCCUCCCUGUACUAAACCCUAGCACCCUCCUCUACUAAACCCAAGCCCCCCGCUACUAAAAUACUAAAACCUAGCACCCUUCUCUACUAAACCCCAACCCCCCUCUACUAAACCCUAACACCCUCCACUACUAAACCCCAGUCCCCAUCUACUAAAUCCCAGCCCCCCUUCUACUAAAUCCAAGCCUCCCCUCUACUAAAUCCCAGCAUACCCCUCUAUUAAACCCCUCUAUUAAAAAUUAGCCAACAAGGAGAUUCCACUCACAUUGCCGCUGCCAGUAUACGACUCCGGAGUCCGGACUCUGGUAUACCCUGUGAAGGUGGAGCACGUCGACGUCAAGUCCGAAUGGGACGUGGCCAAAGGUGUAACUAGAAACCAUGGGGCUCCAAUGUGAAAAUUGCCCCUGGCCCCCCCAUAUGUCUCACCCCCCUAGCCCCUUAGCCCCUCCAUGUGUCUCAUUCACACACCACAGGGUUAGUGUGGCAUGGUUGGGGGUUUGAGAAUACCAGAAUUGGAGCGGUUAAUGAGAUAGAGUGAAUGUGGCAGGGUGAAAGGGGAUGAGUGUGGCAGGGUUAAAGGGGGCGAGUGUGACAGAGUGAUGGAGAAAGAGUGGGAGUGAGUGUGACAGUGCGAGAGAAGGGGAGUGUAAUGGGGUGAAUAUGACAAAGCAAUGGGAGAUGAGUAUGGUAUGGGUGAGUCACAGGAUUGGUGGAGUUAUUGUGAGUGUGGCAGAGUGAAGGCGGGUGACAGUGGUAUGUGGUGGGGUAACAGUUACACAGACAAACCCCUGCAUACACUGACACACAUGCAGAUAUACAAACAAACACACAGUGACAUACAUGCACAUACACACUAUAUAACACAUACGGAUACAUACACGGACACACAUGCUGAUACACAGGCACACAUACACACAUGCAAAUGCAGACACACAAACUAACACACAGAUACAUAUAUACAUGCAGACACAUAUGCAGAUACACACACACUUAAGGACAAACAUUCAAAUACACAGAAUGACGCUCAUACGGAUACAAACAGUAACACACACAGAUAUACAGAUACGCAGACAAACAGACACACAUGCAGACACACAGACACACACAUACAUACAUACAUACAAUCACACAAACACAGACACACACAUACAGAGACAUACACACAUACAGAGACAUACACACAUACAUACAGAUACACACACACACAUACUGAGGCAUACACACAUACAUACAGAGACACACACACGUACAUACAGAGACACACACAAACAUUAGUCACCCUUCUGUUUCCUUCCUUUUAGAUGCAGGAGGGUGACGUCCCUGGGGUCCAGUGGUGGCUCAGGCUGAUGGGAGUUAGACUCUGACUCCCUUCUCUCUUUCCUCCCUUGCGGCGCUCUGUGUAAGCUGGGAGGAGUGACUGGGGCAGUCAUUUUCUCCCAGCUCAGUCUGACAUCAUCACAGGGGGCCUGGUCGUGCUAUUAAAGCGCCCCAUUGCUGACGGGCCCCCUGGUAAUACUUUGCCAUCGGGUGGCCCUAACAGCAUGGGCCACCCGAUGGGCCCCUGAACAUGGCAGCGGGCACCCGGUUGCAGGGGUCCAUAGGGUGGUAGGCACCUGUAAUGUGGGGAGAGCAGGUGCCAACUCUGCCUUAACAGUAAGCACUGCUCUGGGGGCGCCCCUAGAUGGGCAGCUGCCCAUCACUUGGGCUCCCUGUUACACUCCAUCUACUCGCGGCUCGCUGGGCUGCAAAGAUAUUUAUUGUGACCGCGAGUUUGACAUGCUUCGUGUAGAACUUAAAAAUAAACAGGACAUUCCGUACUGCCAUUAGGUCUUUAGGGACCACCAUGUGAUGAUUGUAUUAAAUAGCAUGGAUCCAUAAGAGCUAAGGCUGUGUUUUAAUAUUACAAAAAAAGUGCUUUAGGAUUGCGAAGGUUAUUUUUUACGUGAUGAUGACUAUUUCAGUGGCAAUAGUUGAGGACACAUAGACAUCACCGUAUAGAAAAUGCAAAAUACUGAAAUAAAAUUAGAUGUCUUUUUCAUAUUUAAAGCAUGGAGAUUGAAUAUGCCAAUGGCAUAGUAAUAAUUGGGGAAUUUCCCAUUUGCUCUGUAGUGCCAUCUCUUUGAUAAUAUAGAGAUUAAUUUGGCACCAGUGAAGCUAAGCACCCUCCUGAAAUAUUUAUUAAGGGGGGGAUUGUUGCACAUUAAUUGCCCCCUCUGAUUUAUACUUUAAUAGGGGGACAAUUGCACAGGUCUCCCCUGUUAUAAACAUAAAGUAGUAUACAGUAUGUUAGAUUGGGCGGGUUUGUGGAUUCCCAUGCCCCUUGAUAUAUUAUGCCCUACUCAGUCUCCUCCACAUAAGGGGUAUGAGAAAAGAAGGAAGGCUAUCUCAUGCUGUAUAGUCAAGGACCCAAAUGAUCCCUGGUUAAAUUUAUUUUUGUGCUUACGUAAAUGGCCAUUGUACCAGUUUGUCAGGUAAAAACAACCACUAAUUUUUUGUGUUAAUUUAUAUAAAAUGUUAAAUUUUUUUAACUGUUACCACUUUUUAAUUUGUUUUUAUUCAAGUCGCGACAUCACAUGUAUCCGACCUGAGAGCUGGGUCGAAGUCAAGGUUUUGUGGACCAUAUUUGCAUUGACUUUCCCACUGAUAAAACUUUAUGAUUAUUGUAUUUAUCAUGAAAAACCAAAGUAGUUUUGAGAUAAAGCGCUAUUUUUAAAACUUAACGUCCAUUUAUAACGCUGAUUGAUUGCCCUCCGGUUUGAGCUGCUUGGUGCCCUGAGUAUUGUAUGGACAGUGGUUGAUCUGUUUGGAGUGUAGGCAGCAGUAUAUGUACUCAAUAUAGGAGGCCACGCACAUGUAUAUCAUCAAGAUAGGAAAUAAAACCCCAAAUAUCUUUAAGACUAAUACAGGGUGUCUUUACCAUUAUUUAAAGCAACCUGUACUAAAGUAUCAAUCAAAGCUUAUUUUUUAUAAGUAGGCGGAAGGCUCACCAUCCAAUUGACCUAUCACAGGUAUACCAGAGUACAGCAAUUUGUCAGACGUAUGUAGAAAAAUAAAUAAUAAAAGGAAAAAAAAUAAAACUAAACAAUACAUAUAACAAGACCUUUUGGGUCUCUGCAAAGUAUAGUUAAUUACUGUGUAUUCUACGUGUUCUAUGAUUAUAUGAAAAUGUUUGUGAUGUCUGGAAGAUCCUUGAAGUCUACUUUUACUUUUUUUUGUAGGGACGUGCGUUGAGUCUUUGGAAUGCUAUUCCUGCCAGGAUAUGGGUAAUGGAAACUGCUCAGACAAAAACGUUUCAAAGGUCCUCUGCGGUCCAGACCAGAAUGUGUGCAUCGAGACCGUCACGGCUUUGGAAACAAGUAUGUGUGGGGUAAAGGAGGUGAACAAUGACACGUUCACGUUAAUGGAGUGUGAACCCCGUGAUUUGGCACUUACAGUUUGAAAAGAUUUUUAAAAGUCUGUGGUUUGAGAGACAAACAAAUAUCCUUCUAGAUCACCAACCAGUGAAUCAAUACAUAAAAGGGCAAUACAAUGCUUCUCAUGGAGGAGAACUGGGCACCUGAUGGAAAUGCUCACCAAAGAAUGCUUCCCUAUGGGAGGGCUUCCGCUUGUGGCCAAGUUUUUCUUGGUCCAUACAGUGAAACCGCCUCCAGUGUCUUUAAGUACAAAAGCCACUGGAAAUGUGCUUAAACCUUCAAGGUAAACAUUGUUUUUUCUGAAAAACAGCAAUGUUUUACCUUGAAUGGCUAAAUUGACAGGACCACUGCAUCCAGACCACUUCAUUGAGUAGUUGUAUAAUGGCUUAAAAGUAUUUUAGGCAUUAUGUCAAGAAUAAACAUUGCCAAAUAAUAUGGAGUGAUGGGGUAUGGAGUGAUACUGCAGGAAAACAUGGAAAACAUGCUUCAUUCAGAAAAUCUGAUUUUUUUUUUUUGUUAGUGUAUAUCUAAAAACAGUUUGCAAAAGCUGCAGCUCUCUUGUCUACAGCCUUGGCUAGCCUUCCCCUUCUAGCUCCACCCAUACCUUUGUGGCUGUCCAAUCACAGGCUUCCCAAUGCAGCUCCAUGAGAAUGCUUUUGUUCUGGGCAAUUGUUACCUCUUGAGUUUAGCUCCACUGAGCUAAACAACCAGGAAGUAACAGGACUGUUUUUCUGACUGACAGCCGGGGAGGUGGAGCAAGAUUAAUUUCGAUUGAAAGCUACACUUUUUGUAAAAUGAAAAAAAAAAAAGAGGACACACUCUUCACACAUAAAGCACUUCAAUAGGCUAAAGUGUUUUAGGAUGUGUGGUGUGUCUCUUUAAGCCCUGCUCUCAAACUCCAACUACUUGUUGGCAACAGUGGCUAAAAUAAACAGGAAAAAAAGCAACAACAAAAAAAGGUAUCUGUGCACUAUCCAAAUUCCUAAUCACAUUUAAAUAAGAGCAGUUCACCUUGCUAUUGUUAAUGUAGAAUUCACCUAAGUGGUUUGGCUUGAUGGACGAGGUGUACUCGUCCCUUGACGGCCAUUGCAGAGGUAUUACAAACCUCCUGUUAUUUUGAUAUAAAAAAAGGGCUUAAGAAGGAAUUACCUUUAAUAAUUGUAAUAGUCAUUUACAAUGAUCUAAAGUGGUUAUGGUGCCUAGAGUGUCCCAUUAAGUGUAAAGAAAAUCCCAACAACAUUUAGCCAGAGUUUGUUAAAUAAAUUAAUUAUAGUAAAAAAAGAAGAAACCAUAAGAGAUGGGCUUUAGAAGCUGUUUGACACUAUUUUCCAAACUUUCCCUUUUCUAACAGGUCACGACCAGUCCACGAUGCUACAGAAAGGUUGUGGAACCGGCUUACCAGGAAGAGUAGAUAAAGCUGAGUACUUCCAUGGAAUGAUAAUGUACAUAAUGCUGAUACAGUGUAACACCAGCCUCUGCAACACGGAACUGCACGCGAAGACCUAUCUUCUAUUACCCCCUGGUAAUAACAUAUCCAUAAACUCAUGGAAUUCCAUGGAAUUCCAAAAUAGCUGAAGUCAGCUAUCUUUCAAGUUUGGCUACCUUAGUCUAAUAUUGAAAUUCACUUUGAAUUCUAACUUUAGUGAAUAACACUGAAUAUGUUGACAAAAAAGCUAAGAGUUUGCAAACUCUACUCAUACUAAACAGGUAUUAGAUAUAAAUAUACACUAUGGACUAAAGUACUGGGACACCUGACCAUUGCCCCAGCAGGGACUUUUAUGAUAUUGCAUUCUAAAUUUGCAGCUAUAGCAGCUUCCACUCUUCUGGUAAGGAUUUCCACAAGAUUUUGGAGAGUGAAUCUUUGCCCAUUCAUCCAAUACAGCAGGGGUGGGGAAACUUUGGCCCUCCAGAUCUUUUGGACUACACCUCCCUUGAUGCUUUGCCAGCAUUAUGGCUUAAAAGCAUUAUGGGAGAUGUAGUCCAAAAUAUCUGGAGGGUUCCCACCCCUGCAGUAGAGCAUUUGUGAGAUCAGGCACUGAUGUUGGAUGAGAAGGCAUGGCUUGCAGUCUCCAUUGCAGUUCAUCCCAAUGGUUUUCGAUGGGGUUGAGGCCAGGGCUCUGUCAGGGCCAGCCAAGUUCUUCCACACCAAACCAUGUCUUUAUGGACCUUGUUUUGUGCACUGGGGCAUUGGAAGUAAGGGGCCUAGCCAAACCCCUCAAAAAGAGCCUCCUACCCUUACUUCACCUCCUCCACCAAUCUUUAAAGUUGCUCUCUUGGCAUCCAGUCAACUCAAACUGGCCCAUCAGACUGCUAAAUAGAGAAGCUUGAUUCAUCACUCCACAGAAUACAUUUCCAUUGCUCCAUAGUCCUGUAGCAGAGUGCUUUACACCACUCAACCUGACACUUGGCAUUGUACUGGGUGAUGUGAAGCUGGCAUGCAAGUGCUUGGCUACAGAAACCCAUUCCAUUAAGCUUCUGAGCUCCCAUCACACUGUUUGUGUGCUGAUAUUAAUGCCAGUGGAAGUUUGUAAAUCUUCAGCUAUGGAAUCAGCAGAGUGUUGGCGGCAUUUAUGCACCUCACUUGGUGAUCCCGAUCUGUGACUUUACAAGAUCUUCUACUUCGUGGAUGAGUUGCUGCUGUUCCUAAAUGCUUCCACUUUCCAAUAAUACCACUUACAGUUGACCAUGGAAUAUCUAGCAGGGAUGAAAUUUCACAAGCUGACUUAUUGCAAAGUUGGCAUCCUAUCACAGUACCACGGAUGAAUUCACUGAGCUCUUCAGAACGACCCAUUUCUUUCUCAAAUGUUUGUUAUUGCAGCCUGCAUGGCUCGGUGCUUGAUUUUAUAAACCUGUGGCAAUAAGUCUGAUUAAAACCUGCAUUCAAUAAUUAGGAGAUAUGUCCCAAUACCUUUGUCCAUAUAGUGUAUAUCAAGAGCUCCUUUGGUGAGGAACAGGAAGUUAUGUCCAAAAAUACCACCCCAAAGUUACAGGGGUUGAAGUUAGAGACAAUUUGGUUUUAAGAAAGGAUUUAAAAACUGAGAGAAGAUAGAUGAUUGAAUUAGUUAAUGUGUGCUAUGAGUCAUAAUUCCUUACUUCACCAAAAUCUUUGAGGAAGAGUAGUUCAAACUAAAAGCUUGACGUUAUUAAAAAAAGAAUAAGAUUUCCUAGUUCAUUAUUGGUUAUACAAAGCACGCUCUUCCAACCCACCCCUGACUCUAUGACUCAACUCAAUGAUAAAUGCCCAUCACAGUCCACUUACUACUGUUUUAGGGAUUUAAUUCUAAAGUCACAAUGAGCCUAAACAAAAAUAAAUAAAUAAAUAAACCCAUUGUGAACUAGGAGUAGGUCAUCCACUAAUCUCUUUCUCUCAUAAUUAGUUGGAAUUUAGGGUAAUCAAUAGGGUAAUCCAUGAACUUCAGAUCUAUUGGUCCCAGCUUACCAAGGGAGUACAGAAUUCACAUUGUUACUUCUAUGAUAUAUUUAAUGACUUUUCUUACUUAUUCUGUUUCAGAAAAUACAGAUCGUCAGCUUAACGAAGUGGAAUGUUACAGCUGUAUUGGAAAAACUCCAGAUCAAUGUACGUCGUCCAAUGCCCCUGUCAAACAAUGCUUCCAGCCACUUCAUCACUGCUUCGAUGGCAACGUUACAGUGACACAAGGUAAAUAUCGCUUCCCUCACACCGAUAUAUAUUGAAGAAUUCCAAAUCAAGAAUACAAUGUUAUCGUUUCCCAGCAUUAUAUUAAAUCUAAUUUGUUUUAAAUCUAAAAUAUGCAGAUUGGCAAAGAGGUGAAUACAUUUAAAAAAAAAAAUAACAAAUUUACUUCCAAACCAGUUUAAACACAACUGGCAGAAAUCUGUUCAUAGAUCCCAACCACAUGUACAGUGUUAUUUAAUAAAGUGUAAAUGGUUGAAAAUUCGAAUUGAACUGGAAGUGAACUUGACAUUUUAGUCCAAAGCAAGUCAGCUCAUGUUAUCAUUUAUCUAAUGUGGCUUAAAAUAUGAAUUAACCUUUAAUUCCUGGCAGUUCACACUUUAGUUAAUAAUCCUGAUAAAGUUUGGUUUGUUUUUAGCUUGACUUCUUAUCGGGGUGCCGCUUCCUUCCUUUUUUCUGCAGCCAGUGGCAAGAGUUUAGGGGCUCUGCUAAACUAAGCACUAGCUCGUUGGCUAAAAGUGUUGGCCAACGAGCUAAGUAUUGCACUGUCAUGCAUAUCUCAGACAGGGAGUUUCUGGAGCUCUGAAGAUUGUAGUGGAGAUGGGGAGCUGCUCCUGGGGACCCUAUGUAAGAAAUCAAGCAGUACUCAAGUAGCUUGACUACUUAUAUGGGAGGAGAAGGGCUGCAUCAGUGCACUCCUGGUACCAUAACCAAUACAGCACUCUGUAAGAUGCUAACAAUGUGCUAGGAAUGGGUGGGAUAAAUCUCUGUUACGGAGUUACUAAAGAAAAUACUGCAAAUAUGAAUAAUAGUAAUGAAAAAAUAAGUUGAUCAUUCACUUUCCGCUAAUGUUGCUACAAAUGAUAAAGUUUCACUUUUCAGUAGAAGUAGUUGCCACACCUUGACCUGGACACCUGCUGAGAAAUUAACGUUGAGAAAAUCAUUCUGCUAUUCUUUGGAGAUGAAUUAAUGUAUCUCAUUGUUUUUAGGAAAUACCUCAGCUGUUAUACCCAUCAAGAGCUGCUCCGAAAGACAUACCUGUGCCAUGCGAACUCUAACAUUUGGUUCUUCAACGUUUGAGAUUAAAGGUGCGUGCUGUAUAGGAAACAUUUGCAACAAGGACCUCUCGAACAAGACCCAGUAUGUGGAACUGCCACCUCUGGUACUGAUACCUCCUUCUAAUGAGUCACCAACUACUCCUGCCAUUCCUACCUGGGGGAGAACCACGAAGGAACAACCACACACAAAUGAAACCACUCAAACACUCAAAGAAGCUAACAUUACGGUCGGCUCGGACACUACGUCUCUAAAAGCCGCCAUGAAACAUGAAGAUGAUCAACAACCAAGCAAAGCUUCCCAAUCACAAAUCUCUCUUUGGCUUGUCUUCUUGAACUUAGUUCUGUUCAAAUUCUGAUGUUUUGUCUAGCCAUUAAAAUAAUGAUCAUGGAUUAUUUGUCCUUUUAUAAAAAUGUACUUUUUAUGAGGAUAGGACAUUUUGCUUUAAGGCAUAUGGAAAAUAUUGAUCUCUUAAGAUUUGAUUUAGUCAAUGACUACCUACAACAAUAUAUAAAUAUUUCUUGUUCGGCAGAUAUACACAAUUUUUGUACCAAGUACAGAAACUAGAAUAAAAUUAAUGUCAAAAAUAAAUAUCUAAGCAUUUCUAAACUUUCAUCACUUAAUGUUCCCUUAAAGUUGUUCACUGUUCAAUCUGUAUUUUUUUUUGUUUUGUUGCCUUAUAAUCUAAACCAAAAUCUUGAUGAAAAUAACUUAUCUUCUCCUUUGCUCCAGUGUUGCUACUCACUCGGCAUGAAAAAAAAAAUCUUUGCUUGCUUGGACAAUACCCAGUCUCUUUGCAUUCAUCUGAAUGUGUAAUUCCCAACAUGUUAUAUAGAAGCUCAAAAUGCUCAAAAUAUAAAGUCCUGCAUUUUAGCAACUUGGGGAAGGGCGGGGGGAGGUGAGGUAGAGAAGGUUCUGACCAUUCAAAAGGGUAUAUUUUCACCCUGGAAUACCUUGCAUAGUGCAGAUGACUGAUGUUAGCAAGGCAGCUGUACUAGAAUAAAAUGUAUAGCACUGCUGACUGGCGUUAGCAAGGCAACUGUACUUACUGCAGUGGCAUUAUGCUCGCAUACAGACAUUCUUUUAACAUUCUGGUGGAAUUUUGUGUUGCUUAUUCCUCAUAAAAAGUCACCAGAUUUCUUACAAAUUAUUUGUAUGCAUAGUAUUAGUUAAUUUUAUGUAUUUUUGUUAUAUGCAUCUACUGUAAAAUAUUUUGCUUGUUUGCUAUUAUAGACAUUGCAGAAUAAGUGAUAAUAUAUAAUAUUUGAAUAGUUUAACCUCUUCAACUAUUUCUGUAAAUGCUAGACCAAAGAAAAAGUAGUAUUGUUUGGAAUUACAUUAUUUAAAUGUUUAAUGCUUCAGCAUAUAUUUGAUGGUCCAUCUAUUAUGCCUAAUAAGGACACAAAAAAAUAUUUUUCAAACUUCACAACCAAAACUUAGAACCUUAAACCCCAUGGCCUCCUCCAUGUUGUCCAUUAGGUCUCCAGUGCUGUUUAUAGAGCGUUCCAUCUUUUUCAUAGCAAAGCAUUGAAUCGUUACUUUUCUCAAGUGGCCGCUGUGUCACGUGACCGGGUCUUACUUGAAAACAUUGCUGUUUCUCAAAAACAGCAAUGUUUUACACUACAAGAUUAAGGGGACAGGACCACAGCACACAGACCUCUUCAUUGAGAAAGUAGUAGUUAGUAUCCUUUAAGUAGCAUUUAACUUAUUCAAAUCUCUUUGAAGAGAAUACAAUAUAAGACAUAUUUAGAUGGGGACUGUAGAGAGACUCUUUACAUCAGUAAAUUAAACUGCAAUUUAUUGAGCGUAUCCCAGAGGUGACAAUUGUUAUGUGAAAUUUUACACUAAUAAACAAAUGCACGCCUGAAUCAAACAUGAGCAUACUUAAAGCGCAUUGUAGUGGUUAUGGUGUCACAAGUGCUCUAGUGUUCCCCAACUGUAUGUAGUAGUAACAAACCGCUGUAGGAAUGGCUUAUUACCUGAGGUCCACUGGGCACUGUAUUUGCCUCCACUAAUACCAAUUGAAAGCCAGAAGCUCUCAGUCUAAACUGGUGCAAUGUAGUGGUUAUGGUGCUUGGCGUGUAACUUAAAUAGGUCAAACCAUGCAGGAGCUUGGUAUUUAAACUAUAUGAAGUUAUACAUUUCCCAUGUAGAUGCAUUUGUAGCAACACUAAGUUGUGAUCCUACUAAAAUUAGAACAGGACUCUCCAGGGAAAAGGAUGCCAAGACAGCAGGAGCUGCUAGAUUUAGUGACUCAAACGAAAAGUGUGUAGCGCCCAUGUAUACUGUACCCUAUUAUAUUGAUUGGUUCCUUGUGCAUUCUUUGAAAUCAGACAAUUGCCUCUCUGUUGAUGUGAGUAAAGAACAAUGCAAACGCCAUUUCAUCUUUGAAUUUGCUUGCAUAGCAAAUAAAUAUUGAAACAGAUGGGAUAUAUCUGAAGAAUGAUGGGAGAUGGACAGAUAGGUAAACAGGUGAUGUUGGGAGAUACAGAUAGAUAAGCUAAACUAAUCAAUGAACAGACAUACAGAUGUAGUUAUAAGUAGAUAGAUGAUUGACAUAGAUACUGUAAAUAAAAUUGAACUGUUACUGUUUAUGUCUGAAUAAAAGUUUCACAUUUCUUCACCA